UGUUGUGUCAGAGUAAAAGAUUGAUAUAUAAUAUCAUGUGGUGAUCUCGACAAUAGUACUUCAUUCGAAUGCCCCGGCCCGCUUGCGAGCGAUCAUCGCAAGAUUUCAAGAGAAUGCGGCCCCAAGCCUUCCUCUUGCUGCUCAUGGCCAUGGCUGCCGCAGCCUUCUCCGGAGCGAGCAGCGCGAAAACCCUCCACAUUGGCUUCCUGUCGUCGGAGCCGGACUGGGCAAUUCCGGAAUCUCUCUCGCUCGAAUGGCAAUCCGCGUUCCAAGUCGCAGUGCAGGUCCUCAACAGCGAGGCCAGGGAUUCCGCACUGAGAUUGGAGGGCGUUUGGGAGAGGUGUGGGUGCGACUGGACAUCGGCCCAGAACGCGGCGGCACGGCUGGUUGAGGAAUCGCGGAGCAAAGGGGGGCCGGGCGCGCUGCUUGGGGUCGUCGGCCCCGCCUGCAGCCAAGCAGCCGCUGCAGCAGCCAAGGUGUUGCAAGAGCAUCAGAUCCCGCUCGUCUCGUUUGCGGCCACAGCUGCUCGCCUCUCCAACAGGGACCUAUACCCAAACCUUUUCAGGACAGUGUACAGUGACGACCAUCAAGCCUCCUCCAUCGCCGCAAUGGUGAACCAGUUGCAAGCGACAAACGUCACGAUCGUCUACACCAACGACGCAUACAGCUUGCCCCUGGCCCAACAAAUACGCUCUCUGUGCGACGGAAACGUCUUCAGGAUGGAGCUGCUGGAGAUGGGAGUGAACGCCACCUUGAACUCGAGGCAAAUCGACGGCAUGUUCAACGCGAUUGAGCCUUACACCUUCCUCGUCUUGGCACUCCAACCAUCCGUAGCCACGCAAAUGUGGGAGCUGGUGCUUAAGCUGGGCAAAGCGUCUUAUCCUUGGUGGUAUUUGGGCAGCGAUGGCGUCACUGCAGUGGAUAUAACACAAGAAGGGAGUGGUCGGCUGGAAGGAGAGAUUGGCAUUGCACCAUAUGGUGGUGACCCGUCGGACGAGCUAGUGUGCCAGAAGUUUUACGAGCACUGGAGCGAGCGUCAGCAAGAGUAUCCAGGCUUUGCAUCGAACCGGAGCACCUCGUACGUGCCUUACUUGAUCGACGCGGUCACGUCUCUGUUCGAGGCUGCGAAUCAAGCAUCCUCACAAGGCAUUGCAGCCGUAAACGCCAGCAGUGUGCUGGCGGCGCUGAGAUCAGGGAGAGCGCACAAGGGAUGCACCGGGAGCGUUGAAUUCGAUCCCGAUACUGGCUCCAGGCUCGUCACGUCGUCUGCGACAGUCUACGAGCUCGUCUCCUACGCUGGCAGCACCUGGCAGUUGAAAGGAAGGAUUGUGAACGGGCGCUUGUCAAGCUUGCAGCCGGUGACAAGGCCGGGCACGUUUCCAGCCAACAGCAGCGCUGCCGAGGUGUACUACGUUGGUGGUGAGGACAAGGGCCGCAAGAGCAGCAAAGUGAACGCGGCGCUGGUGGCGGCCAUUCUAGUCUUGUGCACAGCCUUCAUCGUCGUCUCGGUGACGCUCGUGUGCUACCACAAGCUACGCCACAAUUCGCCACUCACAUUCUUCCGGAUGCAGCACUGACUACCUAGAUCGUGUACCGAAAAAUGCAAAUGGAUCUUGAGUUAAAAAUAAAAGUGCUCUCGAUUAGGGCAA